AAAAAAAAAAGCAUAAAAAAGAAAAAGGAGUAGAAGGCAAAGAGAGAGAGAGAACUGAAGUGCGAGUCCAUCAAACAUGAUUCCGACAAGGCGAGGACGGGCAUGUGGACGUUUAGUAGCCCAAGACGUUUUCUUAGCAGUCUAUGGGGGGGCCUCUUCCACUACGAAGAAGACAUAAACCCGGACAGGGGACAGGGCCUUUGUGAUGGCCACGGGGGAUCGUACCAACCCCGACUGCUCAGAGGCUGCAGUGUGGACAGGCGGUUCCAAGGAGGUGUCCUCCAGAGCACCAGAUUGGUCCCUGAGGCGUUCAGCUUUGGUGACAACAGCUGCCCUAACCGGGACAGUGCGCCUGAGCAGACGCCACCGCGUAUAGAGGACCCGCGGACCGCGCUGGGCUGUCAGCCGUGUCCCCGCAGCUGCCGUUGUGCGGCGCUCAGAGCCGCCGACGGGAAACCGCGGUCGCGCGGUGCGCUCUCGCUCCUGAACCCCAUUAAAAGCUCCCCCACCCUCCGGGGAACCAAGAUCCGUUCCGAAAAACCGCGGCUCCUGUCCAAUCUGCCAGGCCGAUCAGGGAGCCUGAACCCCCUCAAAAGCCCCUACCCCCCGGGGAAGCAAGAUCCGUUCCCCAAACCGCCACACCUGUACAAUCUGCCAGGCCGAUCAGGGAUCCUGAACCCCAACAAAAGCCCUAAGACCCCGGGGAAGCAAGAUCCGUUCCCCAAACCGCCACACCUGUACAAUCUGCCAGGCCGAUCAGGGAGCCUGAACCCCAUCAAAAGCCCCUACCCCCCGGAAAACCGCCCCAUGGGACCCCUCACCGGGGCCCGCCCAUCGCCGCCGCCGCGGACUUCCAAGCCGCAAGGACGAACAGGGAGAAUGAACCCCAACAAAAGCCCCGCCCCCAGAACUGGAGACCUGGGCACACCCACCGCCGCCACCGCCGACUCCGUCCUAGUCCAAGCAGGCCGAAAAGGUAGCCUGAACCCCAACAAAAACUCUGCCCCCUGGGAGCCGGAGAACCGGCCACGUCCACAGCCGCCAACGCCGCCGCUGCUGUCCAAGCAGCCAGGCCUACCAGGGAGCCAGAAUCCCUAUAAAAGCCCCUCCCCAGCGAGCCCAAGACCCGUGAUCGCCCAUCGCCACCGUCGCCACCGNCCACCGCCGCCGCUGCUGUCCAAGCAGCCAGGCCUACCAGGGAGCCAGAACCGCAAUAAAAACCCCUCCCCAGCGAGCCCAAGACCCGUGAUCGCCCAUUGCCACCGUCGCCACCGCCGCCUUCCAAGCAGCCAGUUCAACCAGGGAGCCUGA